AUGACUGACUUGAGAGUUUUCGAUAUCGUCAUUUUCGGUGCCACUGGCUAUACCGGCAAGUAUGUCGUCGAGGAGCUUGCUCGUACACUAAAGGAUUCCGAAAAAGUACGAUGGGCUAUUGCUGGAAGAAACGAUGACAAAUUAAGGAAUGCCCUUAGAGACGUGGAGGACCUUACUGGUUUGCAUUUCUUGUCAACUUAA